CAUUAAUUUUUCUUGAGAAAGUGAAAUUCAGAAGUGUUGUGUCGGGAGAGCACACCUUGCUGCAAAUAGAGGAGACCUUACUAGAUAUUCUUUGCUUUUUGGUGAGGUGGAUGUGACUUGGAGGACGUGCGCACCAGCGUGCGGCCACUGAAGAAAAAAGAAAGGGAAACUAGCUUUCAAACAUCGAAGCUUGGCAAGUCGACAGGCGAGUGUCGCUUGUAACAAGCAGAUGUGGCGCUAGGCAUCCAGCGGAAGCAGCCUGCGCAGCUGAAUGUCAGACUUGGAUCGAUGGAUUCAGCAGCUCAAGCGAUGCGAACCGCUUGCUGAGAAAGAUGUGAAGGUGCUUUGCGAAAAGGCAUUGGAAGUGCUUGUGGAGGAGAGCAAUGUGCAACGUGUGGAUGCACCAGUCACGAUAUGCGGUGACAUCCAUGGCCAGUUCUUCGAUCUCAUGGAGCUGUUCAAGGUGGGCGGGGACUGCCCCCAGACGAACUACCUCUUCAUGGGCGACUUUGUUGACCGUGGCUUCUAUAGUGUAGAGACCUUCCUUCUGCUGCUAGCGCUGAAGGUGCGCUAUCCAGACAGGAUUACCCUCAUACGAGGGAACCAUGAAAGCCGGCAGAUCACUCAGGUUUACGGGUUCUACGAUGAGUGCCUCCGGAAGUACGGCUCUGUCAAUGUGUGGCGUUGCUGCACAGACAUUUUUGACUACCUCAGUUUGUCGGCGCUCAUUGACAACCGCAUCUUCUGCGUGCAUGGCGGCCUCUCUCCUGCGGUCAGCACGCUUGACCAGAUCCGCACAAUAGACAGGAAGCAGGAGGUGCCUCACGACGGCGCCAUGUGUGACUUGCUGUGGUCUGACCCCGAGGAUAUAGAGGGCUGGGGGCUGAGCCCCAGAGGGGCCGGCUACCUGUUUGGCGGGGACAUCUGCUCCAACUUCAACCACACCAACAAAAUAGAGCUUAUCUGCCGCGCCCACCAGCUUGUCACAGAGGGCUACAAGUGGAUGUUCAAUGAGCAGCUUGUCACUGUCUGGUCCGCUCCAAACUACUGCUACAGGUGUGGCAAUGUCGCGGCAAUCUUGGAGCUUGACGAGCAUCUGAACAAGAGCUUCAAGGUGUUUGAAGCAGCGCCGCAAGACGUGCGUGGGGUCCCAGCAAAGAAGGCAGCGCCUGACUAUUUCUUGUGAGCUUAGAUUCCGUGAUUGCCAAUGGAGUCAGUGCAGCAGCUGCAACACCGGGCCUGGUCCACCGAUCUGUCUAGCUCUUCACAUGCAGCAGCACCGGCAAUGCUUGUUUUGCCAGUCUUUUGGUUGACACAUGCAAUAGAGGGGGAAAUCGUGCACUUGACGCUGCAUCUUUAUGUUGGUGCACCAAGCUGAGAUCGGGUGUCACAUCUCUGCGGCCAAUGAUGUUUGUCAUUGUAAGCCUGAUUGCAUCCCUUACAUAAGAGCGAGGAUCCGUGGACUUUGCAAGGCAGCUGCCCAAGCUUGAAGCACUCCAUAUACCACACACUCAAUAGUGGUUAUGACUUGUAAUGUCAGUACAUGCUCUCAAUGUUUGAAUGUCACAGCAUGCCAGCUCGCUUGCCAAGAGCAAUAGGCCCUAUUGCUGUUGGCAGACAAGUGCAAUCUGUACUACGAAUAGUACGCUAGUGAAAUAUUAGCAUGUGCAUCCGAACACAGUACCUGACACGGGUCUCUCAGUCCUCUGAGACCUCAAUUGCCCCCUGCUCAGCUCCCCACCAUUCAAAGUAGUGCUCAAUCAAAAUGUCCAGCACUUUCUGGUACUCCCUCAUCAGGUGCGCCCUGACAUUAUCGGGCUUUGCUUUCCUGCCGUUGGAUUUC